CAAGUCAUGGCCAAGGAAACUGAGGACUUCUCGCAACUCGAGCUGGAGUCCAUCAUUGGUUUUAAUGGAAAAGUACCUUCUGGCCUAUCUGUGCAUCCUGAUUGUGAAAAUAUAAUUUAUCCUCUGGGAUGUACAACCGUUGUACAAAACCUCAAGACUAGCCAACAGGCUUUCCUGGAAAGUCAUACUAACAAUAUCUCCUUCGUUGCGGUUAGUAGGAGUGGAAGAUAUAUUGCAACAGGACAAGUCACUUAUAUGGGUUUUAAGGCUGAUAUCAUCAUCUAUAACUAUGUUGAAAAAGCAAUCCAUGCAACCAUGACACUUCACCAAGCCAAAGUUGAAUCAUUAGCAUUUUCCCCAAAUGAUCUCUAUUUGGUCUCUCUUGGCGGUCAGGAUGAUGGCAGUGUUGUCAUUUGGAAUAUUGCAACAAAGUUAUCUAUCUGUGGAAGUCCUGCUUGUGUUGCCACUGCAGGAAAUGCACUGACUAUAAAAUUUGCUAAUAAUAUGGACGAUACCUUCAUUACAGGAGGAACUGGUACACUACGUCUCUGGCUCUUAGAUUUACCCAACAGAAAGAUCCGUCCCACGGAAUGCCAAACAGGACCUUUGAAAAGAAUGAUCAAUUGUAUUGAGGUAACAAAAGAUGAUAGUUUCUUCUAUUGUGGAACCACUACUGGUGAUAUUUUGAUGAUCAGCAUGAAAACUGGACUGCUGAAUAAUUAUGGGCCAAUAAAGAAUAAGUUCAGUUUGGGUGUCACUGCAAUAGUAGAGCUAAAAUCGGAGGACAUCCUUGUUGGAUCUGGAGAUGGUAUUAUCGUUCUGUGCAAAGCACCACACUUCAAGGCACUCAAAAAAGUGCAGGUGGAUGGUGGUAUCACUUCAAUCAGUCUUCGUGGUCAAGGGCACCAGUUUUUUGUUGGGACCAUUACAUCCCAGAUAUACCGAUUUAACUUCACUGAGUUCAAAGAGGAGCUGAUCACUACAUGUCACAGUAAUGCUGUUCUUGACAUAGCAUUUCCCUGUGGAACCUCAGACCUGUUUGGAACAUGUUCAAAGGCUGAAAUACGAAUCUGGCAUACACCCACCAAUAAAGAGCUCCUGCGAAUCUCUGUGCCUAAUAUGACUUGCAAUGCCAUUGAAUUUAUGCAAGAUGGGAAAAGUAUUAUUAGCGCUUGGAAUGAUGGGAAGAUUCGUGCUUUUACACCAGAGACUGGCAAAUUAAUGUAUGCAAUCAAUAAUGCCCAUCAUGACGGUGUCACAGCAAUUGCUGCCACUAGUGACUGCAAGAAAAUAAUCAGUGGAGGUGGUGAAGGGCAGAUACGAAUAUGGGAAAUAUUUGCAAAAAGCCAUAAGUUUUCUGCAGGUCUGAAGGAGCACACAUCAACUGUGUCAUGUAUUAAAAUUAAGAAAAAUGACCAAGAAUGUGUAACAGCAAGUUAUGAUGGUACCUGCAUCAUCUGGGAUAUAAUACGCUAUGCAAGAAAUCAAAUGAUUUUGGCAAAUACCCUUUUUAAGUGUGUUUGUUACCAUCCUGAGGAAUAUCAGAUAAUAACUAGUGGAAAAGACAGGAAGAUCGGUUAUUGGGAAGUAUAUGAUGGAUCAGCUAUCAGAGAACUGGAUGGAUCCUUAUCUGGUUCUGUGAAUGGAAUGGACAUUACAACCGAUGGUAGUUUCUUUGUUACAGGAGGUGAAGAUAAAUUGAUUAAAUUUUGGGGAUACAAUGAAGGUGAAGUUACACAUAUUGGAAUAGGUCACAGUGGAACUAUCAACCGUAUUAAGAUCUCUCCAUCCGCGAAACACAUUAUCAGUGUGAGUUCAGAUGGAGCUAUUCUGCGAUGGAAAUAUCCUUAUGCAAACUAA